CUCCCAGCCGGAAGUGGCCGGUGGCGCAAGGCAUUGUGCGUAUCAUGGCGGCUGCCCUUUGCCGGCGCUUCUUCAGCGCCGUGAGGGUCUCGGGAGUCUUACAGGCCCCGCCAGGCGUCUGCCUUUCCGGAUUAACCUUGAACCUGCUCAAUAAGAGCAGUACUAAAGUAGAGCCCCUCUAUCAGUGUAAGCUUCUCCAUACUACUUUGUCACGGAAAGGACUGGAGGAGUUUUUUGAUGACCCAAAAAACUGGGGAGAAACUGUAGUUAAAUCUGGGGAUGAGUGGCAUGCAAAACACCUAAGAAACAAGAGUAACGAAGAUUUGCACAAACUUUGGUAUGUCCUGCUGAAAGAGAAAAACAUGCUUUUAACUCUAGAGCAAGAAGCAAAGCGACAAAGUUUACCUAUGCCAAGUCCGGAACGAUUAGAAAAGGUGGAAAAGUCUAUGGGAAGAAUAGACUUAGUUAUUAAAGAAAGAGAAGUUGCUCUGCGGCUGUUACAAACAGGCCAUGAAAACCCACGACCUGGCGAGUGGAGAAAUGACUUUUUAGGACGCACUUACUGGUACAAUUCCAAAGAGUGGCCAAUACCUUGGUACCUGAACAAAAAAUACAACAGGAGGAAAUUCUUCUACUUGCCACAUGUGAAACAUUUCAUCAGACUCCGAAUAGAACAACACUUGAAAAAACAAGCAAGGAUGAAAAGCUUAGAAAAAAAGAAACAGCUCCUUUUACAAAAGAAAUUCCCUCACCUUGCUGCACAAUCACAGAAUUAAUAUCAAGCUGGAAGCACGAUGCAAGUAAUAGUUUUAUUGCAGUAGUGUGAACAGAUAAAGAACACGGCUGCCUGGGAGGGUUUUUUGUUUUUUUCCCCCCUUUGAUCUUUCUUUUUUCCUGCCCAAAUAAAGCUCCUCAACCCUAAAAAUAAAAUUCAUAUCUGGGUUGAGAGACCUUCAGAGCAAAACAAUAUAAAUUUGUACUGAGUCAUUUGACUGAUUUCUGGAAACGUAAUAUUUUAUCAACCAGGUGCUGAAAAUUUCAAUAUUACAUGUCAUUUACUAUAAAGCUGAACUGUACAUGCUUAACAGUAAAAAAAGCAUCUGCAAGACAGACUGCAGUCCAGGCAGCUGUAGACAUGUGUCUGCUUUAGCUUUUAAGAAAGAGGUCUUCUCUCCCUUUUUUUGCACUUAACACUUGGCAUAGCACAUUAAACAAGCUAUAGCAGCUGUCCAAUGCACUGGACUGUUCUGUUUAAGUACAACAAAAUAACAUGCAUUAGCAGCAAAUUACAGCAGUAAACUGACCACCUAGUUGUAAAAUCAAGUAGGUAAGGGAGAGGAAUAGAAAGGUCAAGAGCAACAUCUCUACUGAAAGCAAUGGUAAAUUAGAUAGGGAACUUCUCAGUCAAAUUAAUUUUAAAUCUGGCUUGAUAGCUGUGUCCAAAUUUUCUUAGUAAGGAGGGAGUAGCUUGAAGAUAACCAGGAAUUUAGCCUGUGCUGUCUUUGGUAGAUUCAAUGGAAAUGUUCACAUUUUCUAACAUAGCCCUAUACUUAUUUUUGUAAGUGACUGGCUCUUUACAGCCUGCAGCCCUCCUGGCAGGGGAAAGCUUUCAAAUAUUCUUCAGAAUAUUUGCAUUAUUAGAAGCACAACACUUGACACCUAAGUAACAACUUAAGGACAACUUUGCUAUUUCCUAUUUGUAAAGUUUAGGUAGUUUCAUGUAUGAUGUAUACUAAGAGGUACUUAGCAGUACCCAGCUCUUCCCUAUUAAUAAAGAUAUUUAGAAAAGUGAAAUAUUUUCAUAUGGUUGUAGCAGAAGCAUUUGUUAGCUGUCAAUUGAUAAUUAAUUUAAUGCAACUGAUGCCAGGAUCUACUAUGGAGACUUAAUCAACGGACAAUUGAAUUCUAUAAUUCUGCAGCAUUGAAAAUGUGUAUAACUUGAGCUGCCUACAAGCUAUAUCUGUAUAGAAGCAAUUAUUCCAUUACAAAACCAUUCAAUGCACCUGACUUGCACUUGUAGAACACUUUUGGUCUUCCAGAACAUUUAGUUAAGAAAUAAAUUAAAAAUUAAGAGUGCAGUUAGCAGUAUCUGUUUGAAAGAAGUAGCUCUGAAGGAAAGGACAGCUGUGGCUAGAUUCAACCAUGUAUAUGCAGUGACAACCACCUUGGAUUCAAAUAAUUGUCCCCAAUCAAUGCAAAAGAGAACUUUUUCCUGUCUCUAAGUGAAACUCUACUUUUACGUAGAUAGAGUAGGUAAGACAUAAGAUCUUACUCAUCUUUAGUACUCGGUUUCAUAGUGAACAGGAGUUGAAUUGCAUACCAAUAACCACUCAUUGAAUCUUUUACAAAAUUAAAGCAGAAUCACUGUUUACAAACAUAAUCUUCCACAAAACUAGCUACAUUUAACACUACCACCUACAAAAGUAAUCAAAUACCUGAGAAGAUAUUAGCCUUCCUAAAUAUUCCCCUGCAGCAUAAAGGAUAAACAGCAAAAAAUGUGUACUUUGUUUUUAAGUAGGUGAAAUUGUUUUUGCUCUGGGAAAGGCACAAGUUAACUCUUUACAGAUGAGUGAUUUUUUUUUUUAGUCACACUAUAAUUUUUUUUUGUCCUUAGAGGAAAGUAUACAGUGGGCUUUCCCUCACUCUAUAAUUGAUAGAGGGAUAUAAAUUAUUCCAUUAUUUAUACAUAUAACAAACAGGCUCUGGCAUUCUGCAUCAGUGUUUUCCUUCUUAAGUUUAGGGAGUAAUAAUAAGUCAACUUAAUUUUCUCCUUGCCCUGUUGCCAACAUAUAUCCGAUACAUCGUGACAUUUCACUGAUGGCACCUGAGUGUGGUUGUACAGUUAUAAGAGUCUUGUUUACUUUCACCAUUUAAGUUUCUCCUAAUCAGUUUAUUUCUCCUACCGUGAUUGCCAGAACAAUCACCCCUCCCUGUAUGCCAUACUGCAGUUGCAGUCAGAAGUACCUGAGUUGGAUCCUGCCUUGUUUUGAGAGAGGCCGGUGCUAGCAGCCGACAGCCCUGAGAAUCUGGAACUUGUUCUCUCCUUUGAUCCGAAAUAGCCCAAAUCAAUGACCAUCAAGGCAUGCUGUUAAAGUCAUUUAGUUGAUGAGGCAUGUAGAGAGGUUAAGGGGUCUGUUCCUGGAGAUGGAGCAUUUUGAUUUUAAGUUAUUGGCUAGCUGUGUUCAUUUAUUUUCUGCAUGACUAUUUUAUGGUAUUGGUUUAUCAUUUAUUAAAGUGUCAAGAGCUUUCA